GGCUGGUUGGUCGGGACGCUAGACAAGUCCCGCAGAAAACUUCAGAGGGGCAAAGUCCAGACUGAGUGUGUGGGAGACACGAGUGGAAGUUAAUGCGCGAGAGCGCGCUAGGAACAAAAUCACAUGUCAUUUUAAAGAAAUGCUCCAAAGAUGGCGGUGGUAAUAGCGACGGCAGUUUCAGGUGCCCCCGGAGUGCAUAAAAGUGGAUUUGCGGAGGUUUUGGUGCGGGAGCGGUGGCACAAAGUUUUGGUCAAGGUGAACGAGGAAGCGCUCACGUUAAGCUGCGAGGAGAGCAGCGGUAACGACAACGCGAACGACAAUGUCAACUCCAACGGCGUUACCAACGGAUCUUACCUUGAUAACAAUAACACCAACUCCAACAACGGCCAAACUGUGCGCACCGCGUUCACGGACCUCCCGGAGCGAGUGCCCGAGGCGAUCGCCAACAGAAAGCGGUGCGUUAAGGUGACCAAGCAAGAGGUCGGAGGACUUGGGAUCAGCAUCAAAGGGGGGAAGGAGAAUAAAAUGCCCAUCCUCAUCAGUAAGAUAUUCAAGGGGCUCGCAGCGGACCAGACCCAGGCUCUGUACGUCGGGGACGCCAUCCUGUCCGUGAACAGCAUGAACCUGCGGGACGCGACCCACGACGAGGCUGUGCAGGCGCUGAAGCGGGCCGGGAAAGAGGUGACACUGGAAGUGAAGUACAUGCGUGAGGCCACACCAUACGUCAAAAAGGGGUCCCCUGUGUCCGAGAUUGGCUGGGAAACCCCCCCUCCUGAGUCUCCCCGUCUCGGGAGCCCUCCUAUCACCUCCUCCUCCUCAUCUGACCCUCCGAGCCGCUACCAGCCCUCCCUGUCUCUGCAGGGCGACAGGAGAUGCAUACCACUCAAGAUGUGUUAUGUAACCCGAGCCAUGACCACACCAGACCCUGACAACAGACAACUGGAGCUGCACUCCCCUGACGCCAGGCACACCGUGGUGCUGCGGUGCCCAGACCAGCCAUCUGCCCUGUCCUGGUUCUCUGCCAUGCACUCUGUUACAUCCUCGCUGGCACAGCGGGCACUGGCAGAGGUCAUCCAGAACACAGCCAGGACAGGGGUUGCUGGCAGUAAAGAGAUACGACACCUGGGAUGGCUGGCAGGGAAGACAGAGAGUGAGAAGCAGUGCUGGAAACCGGUGCUGGUGGUGGUGACAGAGAAAGACCUGCUGCUAUAUGACAGUCUUCCACGAGGCAAGGAGGCCUGGCAGAGCCCUGCACACACUUAUCCACUUUUAGCAACACGUCUGGUCCACUCGGGCCCUGACCGGGGCUCGCCUCACUCUGGCACGGAGCUGUUCUUUGCCACUCGGACCGGCACACGACUCGGCAUCGAGACUCACCUGUUUCGGGCUGAGACCACCAAGGAACUGUCCCUGUGGACCAGGCAUAUAGUCAACGGAUGUCACGCCUCGGCUGAGAUGAUCAAAGAAGUCACUACAAGUUGUCUAUACCGGGGUCAGGAGUGCCGGCUGGUGAUUCACUACGAACAUGGCUUCUCUGUGCUGGCUGACCCCAAAGUGGGAGACGGGGAGAAUGGGGACAAGAGGGGAGCUCACACACCUAGCAGGCCCCGGGUGCUCCUCUCCUACCCAUACGAAAAGCUAAAGAUGUCCUCAGAUGAUGGCGUUCGAAUGCUCUUCCUUGACUUUGGAGGGAAGGAGGGGGAGAUUCAAUUGGACCUCCAUUCAUGUCCAAAGACGAUUGUUUUCAUCCUCCACUCCUUCCUCUCUGCUAAGAUUGCCCGCCUGGGUCUGGUGGCCUGACCUCUCUAAAGGGACAUUUCAUCUCCUUUGAAAUCCACCUUGUUUCUUCACCUCUCUGCAGCAUGCUUGCAGUACACCACAUCCAACUCCUUCAGUCGGGGACCCAAGCUGAGUGAAUGUAGCCUAUCACUAAAAAUGUAUGUUCUUUGGGUCUCCAAUUGCAAGUUAAAGAAACACUGGAGAAACCGAUCCAGAUUGGUUUUGCUUUUAGUGAAAUGCACAGACCAGCCUUUUAAGGGCUGCAUGGACUGAAGUGUUGGCUGAAGAACCACAGAAGAAAACGUGGAAUGGACUAGAAGCAGAAGGAUGAUGUAUACAGACGGAGGGACACAUUUAAAGUAGCAGAUUGGGCAUUACUGUCACGUCCAGGAUGGGAAGGACUGGACAUGUGCAGAGCGGUUGAGAUUAAUUCACUUUUAAUUCAAUCAAAAUGUAAUGGCAAACUGCCUUCCAUUUACCAAUUAUAUAAUUUAUUCACCAUUAGCUCUGAAAGGACAUUCUGAAUUUCACUCUGUCAUUUUUCUUCACCAAUCACUUGACACACUGUGGAAAAACUUUAUGCAUUUGUCUUUGUUAGUGUUCCCUGAAAUGUCUUGUUAGCGGUGUCAGCAUUCAUCAUUGAAACUGGGGGGCACAAUCUCCCACAAUGUGACAGCUGACUCAAAUUCAAAAUGUCACAGUAUUCUUUUAACAGGUUGCAUAUGGUGACCAUCUGGUGGUCAGAGUAUUUCAGUGUUUGACACGUCAUUUGAAGUCAUUUCUUCAAAUGAACAAAAACAACAAUUAACAUUAAUUAUAAUUUACUCUAGCAUUCAGAUUUUUUUCCACAUUUAAAAUCCAUGUUCUGUUCAUGAACUUGUGAAAAACAUGAGUAUAAUAGUUUGCUAUGGCAUUUUGUUCAGGACACUGGGAAUCCAGGUGGCAUUUACUGUUAUGUGUCUGAUAGAAGCAUCUUCACAAUUUCCGCAGAAAUACUAGUAUUACAUAUGUAUGGAAGUUUAUGAUAAAGAUAAAGAUGCAUAUGAUUAAUUUAUCCCUAAUAGCACAGACCCCCAGUCAGAAUAAGCUGGUAAACACGUUUUGAGCUGAUCAUUUAAAGCAAUAGUUUGAUAUUUUCUGGAAAUACACUUUCUCACUGUCUGAGGCUGCAGCCAGUAGCCAGUUAGCUUAGCUUUGCUUAAUGAUAACAGAGGGAAACAAAUGUUUACGUAUGUAAACACGGUUUUGUGAAUGAAAGUGAAACUGUAACCAUUCAUUGUCACUCGGCGGUGAAGGUUUGUCCCAUGGAUCCCUUCCCAGUCGAUAGAAAGGGGGAGAGUGUGUAGGUGUGCGACGUUCAUAUAGUGGGCAGUGGGUGAUGUCGCACCCACAGGUGUUUUGAUAUAAUGCGCCUGAUCCGAGGGUUACAGUCACGUGGUUACAGGUUCACUGAAUGAAAUAAAACAGCUAGGUCGGGUAUGCCAAAAGGUAACAAAAUCCACCUACUAGCACCUCUAAAGCUCACUAACUAACUCAUCAUAUCCAGGGCUUAACAUUAACGUUUUUGCUCACUAGCCAAUGUGGCUAGCGGUUUUCCAAAGACACUAGCCACACACUAUCGUCACAAGCCACAUUUUUGUUGUUGGGAAAUUACCUUUUAUAUGAUUAAAGUUGACUAUGGUGUGCUAAAUUUUACAAAUAUCAUUAGCUCUGAUAAGGUUGUGCUCUUUUUUUGAAAACAUGUAGUCUAUUAAGAUAAACACAUUAAAAGAGUAGCUUUUUAUUGUAUAUAAUAAAAGUGCUGCACGGG